AGUCGCCGUGGUGUUUCCUUCACGCGCCUUACAUGCUAGUAAUGUGUUAGCUCGCUGGGCCGAGCGAAUACGCGCUGUGUCGGUGUAAACUGGGUGAUGUGCGGGAGUUUCCGCGGUAUUUAGUGGGGUUCGGUGGCUUCUGGCUGAGGAACAUGUCCGUCUUGGGGAGUUUGUUGAAUACCGGAGUGUCACUGUGGAGAAGCUCACUGCAGCUCUGCACCACACACCUCCACACAGGAGCGUGUUUGCGUGUGCGGAUGCACGCCAUCCCGCCCCUGAAGCAGGUGGACCGGUGGACGGAGAAGAGGAGCAUGUACGGUGUAUACGAUAACAUCGGCAUUCUGGGCGAUUUUAAAGCCCACCCUAAAGAGCUGAUCAGAGGGCCGGUGUGGGUGCGCGGUUUCCGUGGUAAUGAGUACCAGCGGCUGGCGCGCAAGAAGAAGAUGGUGGGAGAUCGCAUGAUGACAGAGGAUAAGCUGGUGCUGGAGAAGAGACUGCGCUUCCUUUAUCGCCGCUUCAACCGCUACGGCAAACACAGAUAGUCCUGCUCUCUGUGCGUGUGGGCGUGUGUGUGUGUGUGUGUGUGUGUGUGUGUGUGUGUGUUUUCAAUUAAAUAAAGGAAAAAUGUAAAAC